GCAGCUAAAGAUGAAUUCACCAUAAGCAAAACUUUUCGCCGUGUAGCGCCAAGCCCCCCCCAACCAAAACAAAAUUCCCAAGGUUGCCACUGCCACAAACACACUCUACUGUUCUCAACUGCCCAGGUGCAAUCCUCCAUCGCCUUCAAACCAUGGGGGGCCUCGCAUUCGCCAACGCUCAGGCCAAGUCUGGAGAGCCGGUCAAAGUCUUUCGGAUGGGCCCAGAUAUCUACAAGUCCCUUUCUGCGCAUUAUCAGCGUCUUCUGCAAACAGUAUUCGAGCGUGUCGUCGUUCCGCGCGAAUCCCCAGCUAAAAAGGACCAUGGCGAUAUCGAUUUCUUGGUUGACGGUAUCCGACCACCCACUACCAAGGUCGACUUGUGCCAGGUCAUCCAGCAGAUCCUCGGAGCCGAUGUGCAUAUUCAGAACGGCAGCUCAUCCUCAUACGCGGUACCGCAUCCGGAGAUACCAGGAGCACAUGUGCAAGUCGACGUCGAACUAUCCGUCGGAGAAGGUACCUCCGAGAGUACUGAGCUCUUCGAGUGGACACGCUUCAUGAAGGGUGACUCUGACCUACUGCAGAUACUUGGGGUCACUCACCGUGCCUUGGGUCUUACUUGCAAUGACCGAGGCUUGCACGUUCGCGUAGAAGAGGUAGAGGUUUACAACAAAAAGAAGGGACUCAUCUUUCUUACACGAGACCCCAACGCAGUUAUGGAGUUCUACGGCCUGGAUGUCGAAAAAUACUGGACUGGGUUUACGGAUGAAAACGACCUCUUCGAUUGGGCUUCUAGCGGCCGGUUCUUCUCUUCUGCAGCCUUUGCUGGACGUGUCGAAAAACACAACGACCGAGCACGUCAAGCGAAGAGGUCCAUGUACCAGCAUUUUGUCGAAAAGUAUGUCCCAGCACAUACAGAAAAGGGCGCUACCAAUACCUGGACUCGUCAAGAGGUACUUCAAGACGCUCUCAUCUCUUUCAACAAGCAAGCCGAAUACGACGCUAUGAUUGAAGAGCACAAUCUGAAGACAAGGGAAGAAGAGCUUUGGAAAGAGAUCAAAGUCGCGGUACCUGUGCCGAUCAACAAAUUGGAUCCUGUCAUGAAAGGUCUGAGGCGCUGGGUCGAAUUUGCAGAUGGACAGCCACGAAUUGCGUCUGUGCCAAAUCUCAAAGAGCCUUUGGUCUGGUCAAAGUACGUAUCGGAGCAUAACAAGGAUGCAGCUUUGGAAUGGGUUAAACAGAACUGGGAGAAAGUCAAGUCGCUGGAGAAGAAGCGAGCAAAUGCAGCCAAGCAAACUGCAAAGAAGGCCUGAUCGAAUUCGGAUCACGCGCUGGUUGACUGAGUAGUCAGAUGCAGAUAUACCCAGUAGCCCGGACAUGCCCGGCCAGCUCCUCCCUUAGUGUUGCCGUAAUGAUUACCCCAAUCGCGGCAGCACGUGUCACAGCAGAUAUUGAAAACGGAUAUUAGAU